AUGUUCACCGCAAACACCCCACCCCCCUCUCGUCCUCCUUCUCCCCUCAACCUCCGGACAAACACCCCAUCCCCCCUCUCGUCCUCCUUCUCCCCUCAACCUCCGGACAAACACCCCACCCCCCUCUCGUCCUCCUUCUCCCCUCAACCUCCGGACAAACACCCCACCCCCCUCUCGUCCUCCUUGUCCCCUCAACCUCCGGACAAACACCCCAACCCCCUCUCGUCCUCCUUCUCCCACUCAACCUCCGGACAAACACCCCACCCCCUCUCGUCCUCCUUCUCCCCUCAACCUCCGGACAAACACCCCACCCCCCUCUCGUCCUCCUUCUCCCCUCAACCUCCGGACAAACACCCCACCCCCCUCUCGUCCUCCUUGUCCCCUCAACCUCCGGACAAACACCCCACCCCCCUCUCGUCCUCCUUCUCCCCUCAACCUCCGGACAAACACCCCACCCCCUCUCGUCCUCCUUCUCCCCUCAACCUCCGGACAAACACCCCACCCCCCUCUCGUCCUCCUUCUCCCCUCAACCUCCGGACAAACACCCCAUCCCCCCUCUCGUCCUCCUUCUCCCCUCAACCUCCGGACAAACACCCCAUCCCCCCUCUCGUCCUCCUUCUCCCCUCAACCUCCGGACAAACACCCCACCCCCCUCUCGUCCUCCUUCUCCCCUCAACCUCCGGACAAACACCCCACCCCCCUCUCGUCCUCCUUCUCCCCUCAACCUCCGGACAAACACCCCACCCCCCUCUCGUCCUCCUUGUCCCCUCAACCUCCGGACAAACACCCCACCCCCCCUCUCGUCCUCCUUCUCCCCUCAACCUCCGGACAAACACCCCACCCCCCUCUCGUCCUCCUUCUCCCCUCAACCUCCGGACAAACACCCCACCCCCCUCUCGUCCUCCUUCUCCCCUCGAACCUCCGGACAAACACCCCACCCCCCUCUCGUCCUCCUUGUCCCCUCAACCUCCGGACAAACACCCCACCCCCCCUCUCGUCCUCCUUCUCCCCUCAACCUCCGGACAAACACCCCACCCCCCUCUCGUCCUCCUUCUCCCCUCAACCUCCGGACAAACACCCCACCCCCUCUCGUCCUCCUUCUCCCCUCAACCUCCGGACAAACACCCCACCCCCCUCUCGUCCUCCUUGUCCCCUCAACCUCCGGACAAACACCCCACCCCCCUCUCCCCUCAACCUCCGGACAAACACCCCACCCCCCUCUCGUCCUCCUUCUCCCCUCAACCUCCGGACAAGAAACAUCUGCUUUAA